AUGCUCAUCUACUUUCCAAUGGAAAUCAGUCAAUAUAUAGCGACGAGGACGCCGCCUGCUCUGAUUCGAAGGCCGGGGAUGCCACAUCUCCUGCUAUCGCCAGAAGACGUGUUCAACAAUUGGAAUGGAUGGAAAAUUAUAGAGGAAAUUCGACAAAUGCGUGUCUACCUCAAUUUUCAACUGCGUGUCUACUUCAAUAUACCAACUGCGUGA